AUGGCUGACUUCAGCCCCGACCUACGGGAGAAGCUUGACGAGCUAGAGAAGGAAUUGGAGGAAGGCGAUAUCACAGAGAAGGGGUACCAAAAACGAAGAACACAGCUCUUGUCUCAAUUCAUCGGCCCAGGAGCAUUUAACGAGCCAAGAGGAGGUCUCACCAUCCACUCCCCAGACACCGCUUCCUAUCCCGGCAGCGAUGGCCACCGAGCCGCCAGCUUGGCUGCUCUCAAUGCCAAUUCCAACUCCCCAGAUCACGGCAACCCUUACUCGCCGACCUCACCCACCAGCUCCUACCGACCACAGUCUCCAUAUACUGCACAAGGCCAAUUCGCGCCGCCCGAGCAGCACCCCGCCUCGCUGCUGGCACCCGGCGGCCCGCUCGCCGACCACCGCCCAACUUUACAGCAGCACGACUCGCUAUUCCUUGCCCCUGCUCCGCAGGCGGGCAUGAACGAUGCGUCUACUCGCUCGGGUACAAUGGUCUCGACUGACUAUGCCUUCAAUCCUGAGCGGCACGGGGGCUACGGGGAGCAAGGCGGGCAGCAGAACCAGUACGACAGUCGCACAGGCACUUUGCUAGACUCACAAGGCUAUUUCUCGGACUUUGCUGGCCAACAAGCCUACGACCAAAUGCCGGCAGAACAGUAUGGCGGGGCACAAAGGUAUUCGGCGAGCGAUGCUUUCUCGCCGACGGUGGCUAUGGCUCCGCCCAUGCUGACAGCAAACGAUCUGCCACCGCCCGAUGCCCUCGAGUACCAGAUGCCGCUCGAGCCUCGGGAGGUCCCUUUUGCAAUCUACGAUCCACAUGAUUCAAAUACCCCCAUGUCUAAGUUCGACAACAUAGCAGCAGUCCUUCGACAUCGCGGGCGCACAAUAGCAAAGUCUCCUGCAUACUGGGUAUUGGAUAGCAGAGGCAAAGAAAUAGCUUCCAUCACUUGGGACAAGCUUGCGUCAAGAGCAGAGAAAGUGGCGCAGGUCAUUCGGGACAAGAGCUCCCUCUAUAGAGGCGAUCGCGUGGCCUUGAUUUACCGUGAUACAGAGGUCAUCGAUUUUGCAAUUGCUCUUCUGGGGUGUUUCAUUGCUGGCGUUGUUGCGGUCCCUAUCAACGAAUUGCAGGAUUACCAGAAGCUUAAUUUCAUCCUUACCUCUACGCAAGCUCAUCUGGCGCUAACGACGGACAACAACUUGAAGACCUUUCAGCGAGACAUAACGACUCAAAAGCUGAAUUGGCCGAAGGGCGUCGAGUGGUGGAAAACAAACGAAUUCGGCAGCUACCAUCCCAAGCGAAAGGAUGAUAUACCCCCACUAUCAGUACCAGAUUUGGCAUAUAUCGAGUUCUCUCGCGCUCCUACGGGCGAUCUACGGGGUGUGGUGUUGAGUCACCGAACCAUCAUGCACCAGAUGGCAUGCAUGAGCGCAAUUGUUUCUACAGUCCCUGGAAAUGGCCCUGCUGAUACGUUCAGCACUACACUAAGGGACAAGAAUGGACGCCUAAUCGGCGGCGGUGCAAGUAGUGAGAUAUUAUUGUCCUACUUGGAUCCGCGUCAAGGCAUUGGCAUGAUCCUAGGAGUUCUACUGACAGUCUAUGGUGGGCACACCACUGUUUGGCUAGAGAACAAGGCAGUUGAUGUUCCGGGACUUUACGCCCACCUGAUCACAAAAUACAGGGCAACCUUGAUGGUUGCAGAUUAUCCAGGUUUGAAGCGUGCAGCAUACAACUAUCAACAAGACCCAAUGACUACAAGGAAUUUCAAGAAGGGGACGGAGCCGAACUUCCAGACGGUCAAGCUGUGCUUGAUUGAUACCUUAACAGUGGAUAGCGAAUUCCACGAGGUCCUUGCCGAUCGAUGGCUUCGCCCGCUACGAAACACCCGGGCUAGAGAAGUUGUCGCUCCAAUGCUCUGCUUGCCAGAGCAUGGAGGCAUGGUCAUCAGUAUUCGCGACUGGCUCGGCGGAGAGGAGCGCAUGGGAUGUCCGUUGAAGCUAGAUAUGGGUGAAGACACUGAUUCCGAGGAAGAGAAAGAAAAGAAAGAAGAGGAGAAGCCCGCGCCAUCCAAUGGAUUUGGCAGUCUUCUCGGUGGAGGAACAACAAAUCGCACGGAACAGCGCGCUAAGAACGAGUUGAGCGAAGUUCUUCUUGAUCGAGAAGCACUCAAGACUAAUGAGGUUGUGGUUGUUGCUAUCGGUGAAGAGGCGAGGAAGAAAGCUGGAAGCGACCCAAGUUUGGUUCGAAUCGGGGCAUUUGGCUAUCCGAUACCAGAUGCUACUUUGACUGUUGUGGAUCCUGAAACUGGUCUUCUGGCAUCACCGCACUCUGUGGGCGAGAUUUGGGUUGAUUCCCCAUCACUCUCAGGAGGCUUCUGGGCAUUGCCUAAGCAUACUGAGCAAAUCUUUCACGCGCGGCCCUAUAAGUUCGACCCCGGAAAUCCAACACCAACACCUGUCGAGCCAGAAUUUCUCAGAACCGGCUUGCUGGGUACCGUUAUCGAGGGUAAGAUCUUCGUUCUGGGACUGUACGAAGAUCGAAUCAGGCAGAAAGUCGAAUGGGUCGAACAUGGUACGGAAAUCGCGGAAUACCGAUACUUCUUCGUGCAGCACAUUGUUGUCAGUAUCAUGCGCAACGUUCCGAAGAUAUUCGAUUGUUCUGCCUUCGAUGUCUUUGUGAACGAGGAACACCUACCCAUCGUUGUUCUUGAAUCGCAAUCAGCAUCAACAGCUCCGGCCACAUCAGGCGGUCCACCAAGACAGUUAGACACUGCCCUGUUAGAUUCUCUUUCAGAGCGGUGUAUCGAAGUUUUGAUGCAGGAGCAUCACCUGCGAGUAUACUGUGUGAUGAUUACCGCCCCGAACUCGCUGCCUCGAGUGCUAAAGAAUGGUCGGAAAGAAAUCGGUAACAUGCUUUGCCGCAGAGAAUUCGACCUUGGAAACCUACCAUGCGUGCAUGUGAAGUUCGGAGUGGAGCAUGCGGUUCUGAAUCUGCCCAUUGGUGUCGAUCCUAUCGGCGGCAUUUGGUCACCAAUGGCAUCCAACUCAAGAUUGGAUAUCCUCGACCCAGCCGACAAACAAUACUCUGGGAUCGAUCGCCGAGAGGUGGUCAUUGAUGACCGCACGUCAACCCCGCUGAACAACUUCUCGAGCAUCACGGAUCUUAUCCAGUGGCGAGUCGCACGACAGCCAGAAGAGCUCGCAUACUGCACCAUUGAUGGUAGAGGAAAAGAAGGAAAAGGUAUCACCUGGAAGAAGUUCGAUAUGAGAGUGGCCGCGGUAGCUGUCUAUCUGAGAAACAAGGUGAAGAUCCGACCGGGUGACCACGUGGUACUGAUGUAUACCCACUCUGAGGACUUCAUUUUUGCUGUACACGCUUGCAUCAACUUAGGUGCUAUUAUCAUCCCUGUUGCGCCGUUGGAUCAAAACCGGCUUUCGGAAGAUGCUCCUGCUUUCUUGCAUCUCAUAGGCGACUAUCGCGUUAAGUGCGUGUUAGUCAACACAGACGUGGAUCAUCUCCUGAAGAUGAAACCGAUAUCACAGCACAUCAAGCAGGCCGCACAAUUCCUUAAAGUUUCUGUUCCCAGCGUGUACAACACUACGAAGCCCCCGAAGCAGAAUAACGGUCUGCGGGAUCUUGGCAUCACAAUGGAUCCGGCUUGGAUACAGCCUGGCUACCCUGUCAUCAUUUGGACUUACUGGACACCGGACCAGCGCAGACUCGCAGUUCAGCUCGGCCAUGACACGAUUCUUGGCAUGUGCAAGGUCCAGAAGGAGACUUGUCAAAUGACUAGCUCGAGGCCAGUGCUCGGAUGCGUACGAAGCUCCACUGGUCUUGGCUUCAUCCACUCAUGUCUUAUGGGUAUCUACAUCGGAACACCGACAUAUCUGCUAUCACCAGUUGAGUUCGCUCAGAACCCCAUCUCGCUAUUCAUGAUUCUGUCCCGAUAUAAGAUCAAGGACACAUAUGCGACGCCUCAAAUGCUGGAUCAUGCAAUGGCUAUGAUGGCGGGCAAGGGCUUCACAUUGCACGAGUUGAAGAACAUGAUGAUCUCAGCAGACGCACGCCCCCGCGUUGAUGUAUUCCAAAAGGUGCGGUUGCACUUCGCGGCUACGGGCCUCGAUCGCACGGCCAUCAACACGGUCUAUUCUCAUGUUCUCAAUCCCAUGAUCGCAUCUCGAUCGUAUAUGUGCAUUGAGCCGAUCGAACUAUGGCUCGAUACAAAAGCUCUACGCCGCGGCUUGGUCAUCCCAGUCGACCCAGAUACCGAUCCGAAAGCACUUCUUGUCCAGGACUCAGGUAUGGUGCCUGUUUCAACUCAGAUCGCCAUUGUCAAUCCGGAAAGCCGUCUACUUUGCAGUGAUGGCGAGUAUGGUGAGAUUUGGGUAGACUCUGAGGCAUGUGUAAAGUCCUUCUAUGGCUCCAAGGAUGCUUUUGAUGCUGAGCGAUUUGAUGGAAGGACGGUUGAUGGAGACCCAACCAUUCGAUACGUCAGGACGGGCGAUCUAGGUUUCUUGCAUAAUGUGAGCAGACCUAUUGGACCUGGUGGUGCUCAGGUGGAUAUGCAAGUCCUCUUUGUGCUUGGAAGCAUCGGCGAGACCUUCGAGAUCAAUGGCUUGAGCCACUUCCCAAUGGAUAUAGAGUCUUCUGUCGAACGAUGCCAUCGUAACAUCGUCCCUGGUGGCUGUGCCGUUUUCCAAGCUGGUGGACUGGUCGUAGUCCUCAUUGAAGUGGGUCGCAAGGCUUACCUUGCAUCUCUUGUUCCCGUCAUUGUCAACGCUAUUCUCAACGAGCAUCAAAUCAUCGUCGAUAUCGUGGCUUUCGUCAACAAGGGUGAUUUCCCACGAUCACGACUCGGCGAGAAGCAACGAGGCAAGAUCCUAGCUUCCUGGGUUUCGCGAAAGAUGAGGACCAUGGCUCAGUUCGCAAUCCGUGACAUGGACGCUGCCGCACUGGCUGCUGUUGGUGGCGGUGAAGGUGAUGGCACCAAUGCAAGUGACGCAAACAGGGCCAGUCUUGGAAGCUUGCGAAAUAGCGGUGGUCUUGGGGUUGUUCCAGGAAAUAGCAGCAGCCUUCGGAACAUGGAACCUGCUCCUCAAAUCCUAGAGCAGAGAGAGCUGGAGCAGCAGCUCGAGUCGAUGGCUGCGUUGCCACCACGAGCCCAAAUUGCCGAGAUGCCUGGCGACGAACAGGCUCCUAGCUCAAGGGGCCGUGACAGUUAUGGCGUACCAGCCAGCAUCAAUAAUGCAUACAAUCCACCAGGCUCAGCUGGCGGUAACGGGUCAAUCAACGAUCUCACGCCAACAAAGCCUCGUAUCACAUCGGGCACGCCUUCCCAUGGAUUCGAUUUACCAGACUUCAACCAGUUCGACGAUGACGACCGGAGGCCGCCGGUGGGGCCGAAGCCAGGUAGUGCUGGUGGACAACAUCUUAACGCACCACAAAUCAGGCUUCCGGCCGUAGACGGGCGGGAGUCGAUGGACUGGACCCGAGAGGGGACCACUGGCAAUCCCGAUGAAGACUGGACAGCGGAUGCAAUGAUGCAAAUGAACCUAGCGGCGAGGAAUGAUUGA